ACUAAGAAGAGAAAGAUCGUCUCCGUCUCUCUCUCUCUCUCUCUCUCUGACGCAGAGUCACCGGGAAGCAGAAGAGGAAGAGAGCGGGUUUUCUUCCGAUUUUUGUUGCCGGGGACGUUGAAUUUCUCCUCAUCUCACUUGAAACCUGCUUUCUGUCUCUUCGUCUCUCUCUCUCUCUCUCUAACUGUUCUCAAUCUGACAAUUUCGUCCCUCCCUUAAUCCCAUUGGAUUGAUUCAGCCUCCUCCCGUGGGCUCCGUCAUCUCUGCCCUCCUUGAUCCCGUCCCGCGUUGCUUUGAAUCGACCCCGGAUUUGAUCCCUGGAUUGCCUGCUCAUUGGAGUGCUCCGUCGAAAGAUUCUUGGCCCAAUUGUUGAUUAUUUGGCGGGUACUGUGGAAGCUGCAUGUAUUGUUAUUGGUGACUCUGUUUGUAUGCAUUGGAAUUGCACGUUCGAGCUACGAGCUCUGUACAGGGUACAGAUCGUCCCCGCAAAGAUCUGUUGUUUUUCUCCAUUUCUGAUCAAAAGAGAGCGGUAGAGAUUCUCAUCAACGUUGCUGCCAUUGGCAAAGGUUCCUACGGAGAAAAAGGUGCUUCCUUGUAUAGAAAGCUCGAAUCUACUUUCGGUUUGGCUGCAAAAGGCCGCCUGCUCUGGGUGCCAUUGUCAGGUGCAAUUGCAUAGUUGGGCUGCAAGCUCAAAAGGGUUCGCCGUAAUUUGCUACAGAAUUGCAAAUUCAGCUGCUUCAUGAUUUAUGGAAAUCAGAGGGAAAUGAGGGUGGGGUGGUGAUGUCUGAUUGUUUCUAAUCUGUGAAUGCACAAGGUUGGGUCGGGGCAUUGAUUACUGCAUUGUGGUACUGGAGGGCUGAGGUCUUAUUAAGUAGAUCAAGACCCGGCUGAGGGCACGAUUCAGAGUUGCUGUGGCGGGUUUCCAACGAGGUUCCUGACGGAUCCGUCAUCUGAAAAUAGGGGUUGUGACUGUCUGGCUGGUCUGGAGUGCUUAAUAAACAUAAUCAGGGCCCUCCGAAUGGGGUCCUGCCUAUCAAGUGAAGGCGGGAGCCCAGUCCCGGGUUCACCCCUGUCUCCAGCCCGGGGAGUCCGGAAGAAGAGAAACAUGAAGAGGUCCGGGUCGAUGAGUUCCCCCCUUGACUAUCCAAAGGAUGAACCUUUGCAUAGGAUUCCAGGGAGGUUGUUCCUAAAUGGGUCGACUGAAGUGGCGUCCUUGUUCACCCAACAGGGCAAGAAAGGAACCAACCAGGACGCAAUGAUUGUUUGGGAGAACUUUUGCUCAAGGAAGGACACAGUCUUUUGUGGUGUCUUCGAUGGACAUGGUCCAUAUGGGCAUAUGGUAGCAAAGAGAGUUAGGGAUUCACUUCCCCUUAAAUUGUUUUCUCAUUGGGAAGCGAAGAAAAGCAAGGAGAACGUUCUGAAAGAGAUCAGCCUCAACGCUGCGACUGGCAUCAACUCUGAAGGGACAACUUCUGGACCCUCCACUGAACAGUCAAGAGUGUGCUGUGAGCUUGAGGAGACUGAGAAGCAGCAAGAGACCUUUCAGACGCUGAAGCAGUCUUUUUUAAAGGCUUUUAGAGGCAUGGACAGGGAACUGAGAAUGUUUACAAAUAUCGAUUGCUUCUGCAGUGGAACCACAGCAGUAACCUUGGUCAAGCAGGGCGAUUUUCUUGUCACUGGAAAUGUUGGGGACUCCAGAGCAGUCCUGGGAACACGAGACAAAGACAAUUAUCUUAAUGCAGUUCAGUUAACUGUAGAUCUCAAGCCUAACCUUCCAGGGGAAGCGGAGAGAAUAAGGAAAUGCAAGGGACGUGUUUUUGCUCUUCAAGAUGAGCCGGAAGUUGCGCGUGUUUGGCUACCAAACAAUGACUCACCUGGACUAGCAAUGGCGCGGGCUUUUGGUGACUUCUGCCUCAAGGAUUUUGGUCUUAUUUCAGUGCCUGAGAUAUCGUGCCGACGUCUCACUGAAAAGGAUGAAUUUGUUGUUUUGGCUACUGAUGGGAUAUGGGAUGUGCUAUCAAACAAGGAAGUAGUGGACAUUGUAGCUUCUACCUCAGCACGUUCCUCUGCAGCUAGAGCCCUUGUACAGUCAGCAGUUCGAGCUUGGAAGUACAAGUACCCAACCUCAAAAAUUGAUGACUGCGCUGUCAUCUGCUUGUUCUUGGAUUCCCACAAUGUAUCUGCUGCUUCAACUACUGAGUCUAGAGAGCAUGUUCCUUCAGCAGAUCAAGUUGACACAGGCGGUGGAGUAGAUACCUGUGUUCCAACCGAUCAGGUGGACACAUCACAGAUGGACUCAGAAAAGGAUUGGUCCGCUGUUGAAGGAGUGUCCCGUGUGGAUACGCUCUUGAAACUCCCGAGGUUUGUCCCGGGGAGAGGGGAGAAGAGGGCUCCUGAGGAAGCGAGGAGCCAGCAAAGACCAUAACAAAAAUGUUUCUUCUUGAUCUUUUUUGUUUGCUGUUAACCUCUUUCUUUUGUUCAUUUUCUGGCUUCUUUUCCUGUUUAUUUGUCCAAAUAAGUGUAAGCCAAGAAAAAUACAUAGUGGGGCACUGUCUGUAUAUGUUCUGGAGACGGAGAGCUAGGCCCGACUAGAUUAGCAUGUCCGGGGAAAUGUCCUUUCCCUUGCAUCGUGGGGAUAGAAUUUUUGUACUACUCACCAGUAUAUCAUAUUGUAACUUCGAGCCUGUUCGAUUUAUGUUCCUUCUUGAUUCGAAGUGUGUAAGAUAGUCUUUUUGUAUAAAGAAAGUCGUUUGCGUUUUCAGCAU